AUGUCGGUCAACGAAAACCCUGAAAACUACGCCCUCUUCAGGGACUGCUUAUCCACAACCCUCCUUCAACCUGCUUCCUCGACCCCGGACCCGCCGAAACGCCGUCGGCGCCGCAAGAACUCCGGCGCUGCCCCGGCCGUUGCAGCAUCCACUCCGGCUCCGAAUCCGGAAAGGGACGCCGAAGAGCUGGCGGACUUUGUCGACUAUCUUUCUACAGAGAUAUUCGAGAAUCUACCCGAUGAGCUGCAGACGUUGGAGUACCGAACCUGGAGAGAUGACCAGGCGUUGCAAGAGCAGUACUCUAUGCCUCUCACAAAGGAGAGUCUCUCGGUGUUAAACCUCCCACCAUCUGUCGUUGAAACGUUAACGACAUACAACCUUAUCUCUGCCAAUCCUGACACGGCAUCUCAUCUCCCAUCCUCCCCAGAAGCUUUCCUCCUCCCUAUCAUAACCUCGUACAUCACGCCCCUGAUCGAACCACCUCCCGCUACACGUGCCACCCGCGCUGACGCCUGCGAACUUUGUGCUCGGUCGUGGGUUCCUCUGUCAUACCAUCAUCUCAUCCCAAGAUUCGUGCACGAAAAGGCCGUCAAGCGAGGAUGGCACCGCAAGGAGGACCUGCAGAAUGUAGCCUGGCUGUGCGGUGCUUGUCAUCGGUUUGUGCAUAAUUUCAAGACUCACGAGGAGCUUGCAAGGGAUUACUAUACUGUCGAUCUGUUGUUGGAGGAGGAAGAGGUCCAGCGCUGGGCUGCCUGGGUUGGGAAGUUGAGAUGGAAGGGGAGGUAG